AUGAAUCGAUCCUGGGAAGAAAUAUUCAUGGAGAACUGUGGACCGGCACGUAUUCAGUUGUUAUCAAUUAUAUCUUCCCUGGCUUUGGUACCUCUGGCUUCCCUGUUUUUUGGAUCGAUUUGCGCAUUUUAUAACAGUCGAAAAAAUUUUCAUCCCUUGUUUUCAUUCUGUUUUCUAACUCUUCUGACUUUGUACUACACCUCAACAACAAUUUUGGCAAUUCGUAACAUCAUUUUUUCAAUUUUCGGGGACAAUUUUCAACAGCCAGAAAGAAACGCUGACAUCAUUAUCAGAAAUUGUGAACGACUUUAUAUGGCAAUCAAUUUUUAUAUUCCACCAUUGAUUGCCAUCAGUAUUCUGGAACGAUUAAUUGCCACAACGUUCUCUCGUUAUUACGAACAUGCUAGGCCAUGGUAUCUACUUGCAAUUGGAUUGUUUUGCGCGAAGCUCUCCAAAACCGUAACCGUGAGCUCAAACAUCUCAAUUUCUGUGAAAGACAUCAAAGUUUUGUCAACUAAUAAAAUGUUGAGCAUUCUGGUAUACAUUGAGUUCUCUAACCGUCACGUUCUCCUGGCUGCCGUUUCCACUAAAAACAUUCAAACACUGUUUGCUAUCACCUGCUCUGUUUCUCUUUGUCUUCUUCUACUGGCAAAUCGGGCGAAAUCCAAACAUGGCCGAGCCAAAUCUGCACUAUCCGAGAGAUAUCAAGUCAACGAGAAUGUCAGAGCUUUACGAGUUCAAAUUCCAGUUGUGGUCAUCGAUACAGUAAUCCAAACGAUGUUUCUAUGCUCUGAUAUGUUUUGGAAUGCCGGACAGGUGCUGAAUCUCAACAAUUGCUAUGACGACGAUUGGUACUUAAACAAAUUCACCGCGUUUCGAUUGAUUGGCUUCACACUUCAAUAUUUCAUCCCAUGCAUCGUAAUGUUCCACUUCACUCAAUUCUGCUGCAACUCAAUCCGACGUCGUCCAAAUCGACGAAUCAAAUCUGUGUCUCCACAUCCAGAAACCACACCAAUUACCGUACUUUCGAUUCGCAACGUUUUGGGAAUGCCGUUGACUGGAGAGCACGUAGGAGCAUCGGGCCAGGAAGCUCAUUUUAAGAAUCUUCAUGACCAAUGGAAUGCUUAA